GGCUUAAUAAUUACCUUUUUUUGUGCAAUGGCGAUAGAUAGAACACCCGCUUAAAGACAAAGGCGGUGCUGGUGCAUAUGACAAAGCAGGGAGAGCUAAUGACGUGCCGGGUGUUGGUCCCGCUGUGGUGGUGGUGUGAUUAAUCAUUAAUGUUACGGGACUGAUUGAGAGCUCACAAAGGAAAGAGCUAUUGGUGUAUCGUGACGUCGAUUGAGAAAUGUAUAUAAUGCGCUCUUUCCUCGCUGCUUCUUCUUCGCUUUCUUCAACUUCACUCUGUGCACAUAUACCCCGACGACUUGUACGCUUCUCACUUACACCACUCCAACCUCAGCUUCGGCACUUCACUUCUAAGAAAACUAUACAUAAACAAACACAUCCUACCCGACAGCCUUCAAAAAAGGGAAAGGGAAUCAACAUGUCUCAAUCAAUCUACAUCGAUGAGACACCUGCUGAUGUCAAGAAUGCAAAGGGCCUCCACUUGGUGACCCAAAGCACCCCCAACGGCCAAAAGGUCCAGAUCUUGCUUGAGGAGCUCAAGGACAAAUAUGGUCUCCAAUUCACCACUACUGUGAUCGACAUCUCCACCAACGAGCAGAAGAAGGAGUGGUUCCUCCGUCUCAACCCCAACGGCCGCAUCCCCGUCCUCAUCGACAACAACCAAUCCCCCCCCUUCCCCGUCUUCGAGACCUCCGCCAUCCUUCUCUACCUCGUCCGUAACUACGACCCGGACCACCACUUCCGCUUCAAGGACGAGCUCCAGACCAGCCAGGCCGAGCAAUGGCUUAUUUUCUGGCACGGCAGCGGAGCUCCGUACCAAGGCAACACCAACUUCUUCCGCAGACAAGCCGAGCAGAUUCCCUUCGCAAUUAACCGUUUCCGCAACGAGACUCUCCGCGUUUAUGAGGUGCUUGAGAUCCAAUUGUCGGGUAGAUAUACCGGUGUCGAGCGCGAGUACCUUGCUGGUAACGGAAAGGGCAGAUACAGUGUUGCCGAGCUUGGCACCUGGCCUUGGGUCAAGGGCUGGAAGAACACCGGGUUCACUGAUGAGGAGCUCGCGAAGUUCCCGCACUUGCUCCGCUGGAUCGAUAGGGUUGCGGCGAGGGAGGCCGUCCAGCGCGGAAUCGGCGAGGCGUAUCAGAAGAAGUAAAGGAUACGAGUAAUAGGGCUUAGGUGCUCUGGGGAAACGUAACACUAUUGCAUGAGCUUAGGCGUAAAAUAUGAUAUUAUUUGAACUACA